AUGAUAUUAAAUAUUUUGAAAUGCCAUUUAUCUAAAACUAAUUUGCGCCAAUUGAAAAAAUUGUCGGCUUAUUUAUCAUUAAAAUUAUAUACAUCCACUUCAGCAGUUAUUAUGAACAAUAAGAAAAAACAGACAUACAAAAAUUAUAGAGUUGAAAAAGAUUCAUUUGGAGAAAUGAAGGUGCCAGCAGAUAAAUAUUAUGGUAUUCAAACUCUUCGAGCAAUAAUAAAUUUUCCAAUUGGUGAUACAUUUGAGCGUAUGCCUUACAGACUAAUAGUUGCUUUGGGUAUAAUAAAAAAAGCUGCUGCAGAAGUGAAUAAAGAAUAUAAUUUGGACCCCAAAAUUGCUGAUGCCAUUGGCAAAGCUGCGGAUGAAGUGAUAAGUGGAAAGUUAUAUGAUCACUUUCCCUUAAUUAUUUGGCAAACUGGAUCGGGUACACAAACCCACAUGAAUGCCAACGAGGUUAUUGCCAAUCGUGCGAUAGAAUUACUUGGUGGUGAGCUUGGUUCAAAGAAACCUGUACAUCCAAAUGAUCAUGUCAAUAUGUCACAAAGUACCAAUGAUAUGUUUACAUCAGCUAUGAAUGUAGCUGUUGGCUUAGAGAUUCAUAAAUCAUUAAUCCCAGGUUUAAUAGAAUUGUGUAGAGCGUUGAAAAAAAAGUCCGAAGAAUGGGAAAAUAUUAUAAAAAUUGGUAGAACGCAUCUGCAAGAUGCGGUACCAUUGACAUUGGGCCAAGAAUUUUCAGGAUAUGCCACGCAAGUUGAAAAUGGUAUUAAGAGAGUGAACGAUACGCUUCCCAGAUUGUAUGAAUUAGCUGUUGGUGGUACAGCGGUCGGAACAGGAUUAAAUGCACGAAAGGGUUUUGCGGAAAAAACAGUUGCAAAAAUUGCACAACUCACUGAUUUACCAUUUGUACCUGCUCCAAACAAAUUUGAAGCUGUCGCUACACACGAUGCAAUUGUCGAAGUACACGGUGCUUUUAAUACAGUGGCUGUUUCCCUCAUGAAGAUCGCAAAUGACAUUAGAUUUCUCGGAAGUGGACCUAGAUGCGGUUUAGGUGAAUUAUCUCUUCCAGAAAACGAACCUGGGAGCUCUAUUAUGCCUGGAAAAGUAAAUCCUACACAGUGUGAAUCAGUGACUAUGGUGUGUAGUCAAGUAAUAGGCAAUCAUGUGGCAAUAAGUAUCGGUGGCAGUAAUGGCCACUUUGAACUGAAUGUUUUUAAACCGCUUAUCGUAGCCAAUGCUUUAAGAUCCGGAAGACUUUUAGGUGAUGUUUGCACCACUUUUGUAAAAAAUUGCAUUGAAGGUAUUAUUCCAAAUAUCGAAAAUCUAAAUCGAAAUGUUAAUGAAAGCUUGAUGCUUGUCACAGCACUAAAUCCGUACAUUGGUUAUGACAAGGCUGCUAUAAUUGCUAAAUACGCGCACAAAGAAAAAAUUACAUUAAAAGAAUCUGCAUUGAAACAUGGAAUAACGGCGGAACAAUUUGAUCAGUGGGUUAAACCCGAACAAAUGCUUGGUCCUAAAUAA